ACUCUAUUAAAGCUCUUACGCGUGGAUAAAAGAUUGCAUUUUGUUGUUUUACCACGCGUAUAUAAUAAUAUAUUACUAAAUAACGCGUCAUCCAUCUUUAGUAUACCCACUACAAUGUCAUUAUACACCCUUAAAUCACAAUCUGUGGAUGUUAACACUGCGCUCAAUGAACAGUCUCAUAUAGAAGCUUUAUCUGAUAUUAUAAAUAAUCAAAAAGAUAAUUUGAUACAUCUAUCUAUCACGAUUAUCAAAACCGAUAAUAACAAUCUAAAUUAUCUUUAUGAAUCAAUUAGUAGACUGAAUAAAUUACGAUCUAUUUCAAUAUUCUAUGAAGAAGAUGAAGAAAUUGAACAAAAUAAUUCUGAUCGUCUUGCGAAACUUAUAACUGUCUUACCAAAAACUACAAAGAUCGUUUACUUAUUUAGCGGGUGGUAUACAGCAUGGAAUGAAUUACUUUCUGCGGAAUUUGAACAUUUACGAAUAAGGAUAUGGAAUGAAGAAGACAAGUGA